UAGGCUUGUUUCCCGUUAUUUUCGGGUAUACAGUAUAAGCAGCAAUUAAAAUAUUCGAUAUAAAAUGUUUCUGGUUGCAACUUUUUAUUAAAAGGUUUGUUUUGAUCAAAUUCAGCUUUUAAUUCACUUCAUUUGCGAUUAAAAACAAGGAAACACGGCGCACACGUCACUACGGCAAGCAGCAGGUGUCUGGCUUGACGGCUCCGUCUUCAGUUCCUCCCUCGACUGCAAGCUGCAAACCUCGCCGAUCGGUCUGCGCAGCGCCGGAUGAUCUCGAACACACCUAGUGACACACACCGGAGCUUUGGUGUCACUUGUUUUGGGCUUUAUGGACAGAAUGUCGUAUUUAGUUUUAUAAGGUGAAGUUAAAUUACCAGACGAUACAACUGUAGGAAAACUAUACUGCGAUAUAACGUUAUGUUUACUGCGCGACAACAGCAGACGAAACGAAAGUGAAAGUUGUUGAGUUAAAAACGCGGCGCAAAUUCACUUUUAAACGUAUUGUAAAGUUUUCGUAUCGGUGUACGUUGGAACAGGACAUGAAUGUUCUGGACUGAACAAUACUAAAGAAUUUUACAUUGUAAGUAAGUACAUUUAUUCAAGGCCAGCAGUUAACGCGGAAGCAAAAUGGACCAAAAACAGACUUUAGGAUUUAGGUAACCGUUAAUAGUGGAUAUGGCCACACAAGACUCAGAAGAGCAUGUGGAGAAGAUGGAGUGUGAACAGAUUCAACAAGAUGAAGCAACAUCCCGAGACCCCCCCUCGCCACCACUACAAAGUGACCAGACAGUAGAACCAAAACAGUUUAGCAACAGAGCUCCACGUAAAAGAAGGAAUAAAAGGCUGAGACCAGAUGAAGCAACAUCUCCAGCCCCUUCCUGCACAUCUCUUCAAAGUGAUCAGUCAAUGGGUCGACCAAUAACGUUUAAAGAAGGAACUACAGAUAUAAGGCUGAGAAGAGAUGAAGCAACAUCUCCAGCCCCUUCCUGCACAUCUCUACAAAGUGAUCAGUCAAUGGGUCGACCAAUAACGUUUAAAGAAGGAACUCCAGAUACAAGGCUUAGACCAGAUGAAGCAACAUCUCCAGCCCCUUCCCACACAUCUCUACACAGUGAUCAGUCAAUGGGUCGACCAAUAACGUUUCAAGAAAGAAGUCCAGAUAUAAGGUUGAGACCAGAUGAAGCAACAUCUCCAGUCCCUUCCUGCACAUCUUUUCAAAGUGAUCAGUCAAUGGGUCGACCAAUAACGUUUAAAGAAAGAAGUCCAGAUAUAAGGUUGAGACCAGAUGAAGCAACAUCUCCAGUCCCUUCCUGCACAUCUUUUCAAAGUGAUCAGUCAAUGGGUCGACCAAUAACGUUUAAAGAAAGAAGUCCAGAUAUAAGGCUGAGACGAGAUGAAGCAACAUCUCCAGCCCCCUCCUGCACAUCUCUACAAAGUGAUCAGUCAAUGGGUCGACCAAUAACGUUUAAAGAAGGAACUCCAGAUACAAGGCUGAGACCAGAUGAAGCAACAUCUCCAGCCCCUUCCUGCACAUCUUUUCAAAGUGAUCAGUCAAUGGGUCGACCAAUAACGUUUAAAGAAAGAAUUCCAGAUAUAAGGCUUAGACCAGAUGAAGCAACAUCUCCAGCCCCUUCCCACACAUCUCUACAAAGUGAUCAGUCAAUGGGUCGACCAAUAACGUUUCAAGAAAGAACUCAAGAUAUAAGAAUUAUAAAGAAGAAUGUUAAGGAGCCAUUCCGUAGACCUGAUAGUUCAUGGCGAAAAGAGGCUUUAUCUCCAGAUAUCAGCAAACUUUCAGCCACUUUGCUGACAGAGGAUCAUUACAGAUGUUCAGUGUGUAGCGAGGUCUUUAAGAAUCCAGUUUCUAUUCCCUGUGGACACAGUUACUGCAAACACUGCAUUGAGAUCUACUGGAGCAAACCAACUCAAGCUGAAUGUUACGCUUGUCCUCAGUGCAGAAAGAGGUUCAGAGAUCGGCCUGUGUUGAAUGUUAACGUUGCUUUAACUAAACUGAUAGAUGAACUACAGCAGGCUGGGUUUAGUCCUGCUCUUCCUGCUCACUGCUAUGCUGGACCUGAAGAUGUGUCCUGUGAUAUCUGUACUGAGAUGAAGUUCAAAGCUGUUAAAUCCUGUUUGACCUGCUGUGUGUCUUACUGUGAGACUCACGUCAGACAACACUACACUGUACCAGCACUACAGAGACACAACCUGAUAGAGCCUUGCAAUAUACCAUGUAUCACUGAGACCACUAUAGUAUCCAGUGCAGAGAAAACACUGCAAGAAGACAACAAACUGUUGAUAGCAACAGUGUCUAAACGUAAUUCGAUGUUGAUGGAAAAGGCUAAACGUUUAUGUAAAGGAUUUGAAGUUCAUUGUAAUGAUUUCCCCACGGACAUUAUUGAAAUGGCUGCUCUUGGUCGCCCCCUGUACCUUGGAAUGUUAUAUGACACUACAAGUGACAGUCAAACGUCUUUUCUGUGGAGUGACAGCACUAUUGCCUCUAUGAGAGUCUCUCUGCCUCGACCUCAAACUGAUGUGAAGGUUCUGGAAGGCGACUCCAUACAGGACAGAUUCAGAGCUCUUGAAAUGUCUCCUAUGUCAAGAACUAAAGCUCUUCAAGGACUGAUAGAAGUUAAUGGAGCUGCAAUGUUUCUGAAUCAUCAAAUUCAGUCUGAGCAUCAGGAAAGAAUUACAUUGCACUAUAAAACCACCACCAGACUAGACAUGAUCAGUCAAACACUGUUACAUGAAGGAGUUUCUCCAUCAGUCAUUAAUACAACCACAGCUACACAUGUGAUCAUAGCUGUGAGCUACGGAGCUCAAGCCUUCUUUGUGUUUAAUCGUCGGCAAAAUAAUUCAAAGAAAACUGCAGAAAUGAAAGAUAUAAUCAAGAAGCUGUCCUCUUCUUUUUGUUUAAGUCACAUAAGUUCAAGCCUAAAUGACAAUGAAAAGGCUAUGAGCCUGUUAUAUAACUGUAGUCUCUACAUUGAUGUGGGUGACUGGAAGAGUCCAGUGUCUUUUAAAAAGGCAGUGAAGAUCUAUGGGUCUCUGCCAGAACUGCUUGGAUCUCAAGGCGAGAAAGCGGUUCCUCUGAAGGUUUGGCUUUACCCUCUGAAGAGACUGGAGAGGACCUCAGCGUGUGCUGCUCUCAGUGGAGUCAAUGAAAGUUUGAUGCAAAGAGCUGAGAACAUCCUAGAACAUCUGAAUAAACAGAUCAAGAAAUGUCAGGAUUUUAUGACGAGCACAGAUAAUCUAAGUGUUGUUAUUUGGUUUCCUGCUUUGAAAGAUAAAUUAGUGGAUUUUUCAGAGCUUCUUCAGAAAUACAAAGCAGAUUAUCAGAGAGGUAUCACAGAGAUUGCUGAAGAUUCUGAAGUUAAAGAAGAGGAAGGAGAGAAAAAACUUCGACAUCUACUAGAGAGACAUGACCGAUCACCAUUCAGUGCAGAUAAUAUAAACCAGUGGCUGGAGAAUAAAGAAACUGAACUGAAGAUUUUAAAUGACUGUAAAGCUGCAGACAUCACUGUUGUGAAAUCACAGUCAGAGUUACAUCAGAUCAUAAAUGACCCACAGAUAAACAGAGUGAUGUGUUUCACUCUUACCUCACCAGAUGAUGAAGAUUCAUUCCUCACUGCUCUGAAGCACUAUAUUGAAUCUGAUCACAUUACACCAACAGAUUCACUUCAGUCCAAACCUGUUAAAAUCAAUCAGAAAGUGCUCAUUGAUUUACAAUUGUAUAUUGCUGCUAAAGAGGCAAAUGAAGAUACAGAACAAACCAGGUUCAUUGCUGCAUCUGUACCAGAUGAUGAAUUUCCUAAAUUCACUGUGCAGUUUUAUUAUGCUGGGAUGAUUGUGAGCAGAAACAUGAAGUUUGGAGUGAAACCAGAUCUUGCUCAGAUAACUCAAAUAAAACCCAACAGUGUGUCUGUGAAGUGGAAUAAUUUACAGAAAAAAAGAUUUGUGGUGGAGUACAGAGUUGUGGGAGAUGAUGAGAUGAAUAACAACACUUGGAAACAGAUAACAGUUUACAAUCACACUUUUAAAGAAGAGUGUGUUAUUUCUAGUUUAAAACCAGACACAGAAUAUCAGCUCAGAUAUGCAGUUUGUGACAACAACAGUAUGAGCAACUUUAGCUGGUUUAUUAACUUUAAAACAUCUUCUGUAGCACGACCAGGACGACCCUCUGUUACUAAACUGAGCAGGGAUACUCUCAGACUAACCUGGUUAAAAGCUGAAGCAGAUGAAGAUUGUUCAAUUCUGCAGUAUAUGGUUGAGUAUAGAGAAGCAGGACUGGAGGGCUGGUCAUCAGUAUUAACACAAGGACCUCAGUGUGAAUGUACUUUAACUGAACCUCACAGCACCUGCUAUAGAGUCAGAGUAUCUGCUGUCUAUGAGAACACCACCAGCAAACCUAGUGAGGAAACAUCUGUACCUGUGGAUGUCUGGACCAUAAACCUCUCAGAGAGAAAGACCUCCAUCCUCCUAGAAGUGCUGAAACUCCAAACAGAGAAGAAACCAGUAGAGCUGAUAGACUGGACAGAUGAUGAGAGUGAAGUGAGAGGAUUUAUCCAGUGUCUGCCCUACAUCUCACUGCUGAGGUGA